AUGUCUGAUACUGCUGCUACUGCAAACAUUGAAAGCGCAGAUGCCCCUUCUUACUCGUUCUCAUCUUUGCAGCAAUGGCAGGUAGCUUUUAUAUACGCUUUUUCAGCUACAUUCAACCCACAUCAGGAAGUGUCUCCUCAAUACUAUAAAUUGCCCUCCUUUACGCCUCAGGAUCUGGAAGACGAAAUACAAAAGCAGGAGAGUGAAUUAAUACACCAGAUCAUUUGUGCUUGCAUAGGCAACAUCCUCAAUCGUAAUAAACCCGUAGAAUCAUUCAAGAACUCCCUACAGCAGCUUAUUACUGACAAAAUGAAGACAUUUGACAUUGACUUGGAAUCGAAUCCAUUGCUGAAACAAAACUACAAUGCGCUCCCUAUCGAUAUCAAGCUGUAUAUAUUAUAUUCACUAGUAGAAUGGCAAUUGCAAGAUAGCUCAGCAGUGAAACUCAUCGUGGACACUUACAAUUUACAGGAUGGUUUGACAGCUGCCAACCCCAUCAUUGCUCGUUCUGUGGGCACAGAUUCCAAGAAGCGUACAUAUUGGCAAUUUGGAGACUCGCCGUGGAUUUGGCGUGAAACCAACAGCACGAAAUCUCUGUCUCAAUGGGAGACAUUGUGUAGAAACCGUCAGGAUUUAGAGCAACUAGUAGACAGUUUCUCAGGAACGACAUCUAGAUUAGAAAAGGCCCUUAUCAAGACGAUCACGGAAGAAAUCUAUGACAUUGCAGACAAGGAGGAGCAGAAAAAAUUACGCAAAGAGAGGGCUGAAAUGCGAAAAUUAAUACCAGUAGAAGUAUCCAUCACACCCACCACACUUAGAUCUAGAGGAAAUCGAAGUCAACGAGUGCAUUACAACUUUGAUGACAUUUAUGGCAUUGACGAAGACGAGUAUAACGAAACUAAUGACGAUGAUGAUUUUGUGGAUGAGGAUGAGAACAGAGCAGCGCCAGAUACACCAAGAAGACAAAGAUCAAAACAACAGGCGUCUCCACCGAGACCUCCCCCUACGAGAUGGAGCAGCCGUUUGAGUAGAGGGGCAGCACCAACAACAACAAGAGACGAUCAUGAGAAGACGUCAGUGGAAUUCAUGGAAGUCGAUGCGCAAAGUGUAGAGACCAUGGACACAACCCUACUUCCUUCAGAGCAAAUUAACGGUAUGGACACAUCGAGAUCGCCAAGUCUUAUGGAUACGACUCCCAGUCAAAGUCCUAUGCAAGCUGUUUCAAAUGUGCAUGGUGUGAUGAGCGUCAAUGAUAUCUUGAAUCCUCAGGGUGCUCAUGAUUAA